AUGCGUCACCUAAUUCUUCUCCUCGUCUCGGUUUUCAUGAUAUUCGGAUUUUGGGCAAAACUUUCGUGAGUUUUUUGAAGAAACCGAACAAAACUUGAGAUUGAAAGAAUUUUAGGUCGGAUUAUAGUGGAAAACGUGUUCAAGGCGAAAUUUAUCGUGAAAAAUUCGAUAAAAUCAAUAAUCUUCGAAAAAUCGAGUACCCUGAUGAAAUUCAAGUGGAAAUUAAUGUUUCUCCUGAAAAAAUCAAUAAUAUUCAAGCCGAAACCCAACAAAUCGAUAAUCCUCAAAAAAUCCACGCCUCUCCCGAAAAAAUCGAUUUUCCUAAUGAAAUUCAAGUAGAAAUCAAUGUUUCUCCUGAAAAAAUAACCAAAAUUCAAGCCGAAACUCAAAAAAUCGAUAAUCCUGAUAUAAUCCACGUUUCUUCUGAGAAAAUCGAUAAUCCUCAAGAAAUCCAGGUAGAAAUCAACAUUUCUCCCGAUAAAAUCGAUAAUCCUGAACAAUUUGAAGUGGAUUUCAAUGCUCCUAAAGCACAGGACGUUGAAAAUCUCAAAAAUAAUUUGAACAACUUGCGAAAAAUCGAUAAUCCUAAGGUUGAAUAUGAAGAUGAAGAAGAGGAAUAUGAAGGAUCUGGAGAAGAACUAAUCGAUGAUCCUUUCCCAUCUGAAGAAGAAGUAGAAGAAGAUUAUGAUAACUCUGAAGAAGAUGAAGAUGAAUCUGAUAUUUCUGGAGAAGAAAUCGAAUCUGAAGAAAAACAACUUGAUAACACUGACGAAAUUGAGGAGUAUGUUUAUUAUCCAGAAGAUGAAAUUCAUUGA